AUGCCCAUUGCUAUCGUGUCCCUUGCUUCCCUGCUAGGUUGCUUGAUUGUGACAACAAUGUUGGCAACACCAACAAAAACUGCACCAAGAUACACCGUCUACAGGACACCUGCCUUCAGAAGCGUGGCCGCUGAACCAUCUCAUGCCAAAUUGUUGCUAAAGUCAAUGCCCCCAGCAGCAGCCCCUUCAGCCAACAACAUUGUUAUGAUGAACAACAAGCCAAAUGAGGUGAUGCCAGAGUACUACAUUAGCGCCUCACUUCCAGUGGCCUCCCAGGGAGUCGUCCGCAUCAAGAUGACCAACCCCAUGUCCAAGUUCCGCAUCUACAUCAACUCCAAAUCCGAGAGUUCAGCCGGCGUCACACCACUCUACUGUCUCGAGGUCAAUGAGACUUCGGUCAUCUUGCUCAACCACAACAACGAUGCGCUCACUAGUGUCCUGGCUAGCACCAGCGACCGUAAGGCCGUUCGCGAGAAGAACAACGACGUCUACUACUGGCUGUCCCUCGACAAGAAGAACAGCGUCCUCAAGUAUGGAAAGGGAGAGGCCACCCAAGCACUAACACUGCUCCGUUAUGAUGUGCCGGUCGGCGCCUUCCUCCCCGACCUCAAGUACGUCGGUUUGUCUGUGAGCGACACAAAGAUUAUGACCAAGGUCCUGAUCUACGAGCUGCCCGUGACCUUUCAACUGCCACCCAAUGUGAUCUCCUCUGACCUCGUCACCCUGGACGACAUUGAGAACGGACUUAUCACGACCAUUGGCAACCUGCCAACCGAGUGCCAAAUGCUCUACUCAGUGGUCGCCGGCCCAAAUGUCGUCCUCCAAAAUGACAUCGCCACAGCCAUCCAACUCUCGUUGAAAUCAGGUGAGCUGUCCAAGUUCUUGGUGAAGAAGGCACAGGAUCACAAGUGCAAGCUGACCGAGACAUACAUCCGUGUCACCUUGGGCAUGGACCAGGGAUACAGCCCGGGCAUCCCAUUCGUUCUGGAGCUCUGGCCAACUGGACACAACUCGCCAAUCCAUCAGCACUCUGGUGCGUUCGCAGUGAUCAAGGUGUUGCAUGGAUCGAUCAACUGCACCUACUACUCCGACCUCAAUCCGGCGAUCACCACGCCCUACCUGGACUGCAACUUCCCGACUGGUGGCGUGACCUACCUCACACCAUCCCUCUACCAGACUCACAUGCUCAAGAACAAAUCAACCACCGACUUCUGUGCCACCAUCCAAUGUUACCGUUAUGCUUCAGAUGAUACCACUCACUAUGAAUACUUUGACUACUUGGAUGAUAACAACAAGAGAAGCAGGUUUGCACCAUCCACAGACUUCACUUAUACUGAGCUGAAGAAUUUGCUCAAGAAGGAGGGUCUUCUCAAGAAGAUGAAGUAA